AGCUCUGUCCUUCCUUCCUUUCUGCCCUGCCCUCCCCAUCAGCUGGUUCUGCUGGAACUCAACUUCCUGCCAACCACAGGGACCAAACUGACCAAACAGCAGCUCAUUCUGGCCCGUGACAUACUGGAAAUUGGGGCCCAGUGGAGCAUCCUCCGCAAGGACAUCCCCUCCUUCGAGCGCUACAUGGCCCAGCUGAAAUGCUAUUAUUUUGAUUACAAGGAACAGCUCCCCGAGUCAGCUUACAUGCACCAGCUCUUGGGCCUCAACCUCCUCUUCCUGCUGUCCCAGAACCGAGUGGCCGAGUUCCACACAGAGCUGGAGCGGCUGCCUGCCAAGGACAUCCAGACCAACGUGUACAUCAAGCACCCUGUGUCCCUGGAGCAAUACCUGAUGGAAGGCAGCUACAACAAGGUGUUCCUGGCCAAAGGCAACAUCCCCGCGGAGAGCUAUACCUUCUUCAUUGACAUCUUGCUUGACACGAUCAGGGAUGAGAUUGCUGGGUGCAUCGAGAAGGCCUAUGAGAAAAUCCUCUUCACCGAGGCCACCAGGAUCCUCUUCUUCAACACACCCAAAAAGAUGACAGACUACGCCAAGAAGCGAGGGUGGGUGCUCGGCCACAACAACUACUACAGCUUCGCCAGCCAGCAGCAGAAGCCGGAAGACACCACCAUCCCCUCCACCGAGCUGGCGAAACAGGUCAUCGAGUACGCCCGGCAGCUGGAGAUGAUCGUCUGAGCCCGCGGGCUCGGGCCGCGCUCGCCUUAUCUGAAGCGGGCACGGUGCAGGGCCCGCUCCAAUAAAAACGGAUUGCCACUCGGUG